GUAGGAAAAUAAAUGAUAAAAAAGUAUAGAUUGUUGAAUAAGUAGAAAAAGUCAUCAAAAAUCGGAAGAGGGUUUCAUCUUCUCUUUUCUCAAAUUUACAAGAUCGGCAACAGAUCUGAGAGCCGAAUGUGUAGAUUGUGUUCGGGAAAUUGCUGAGUAGUUUUUUCUUGUUUGUUUGUUGUGGGGGUAGGGGUUAUGGAUUGGGAAGGGAGAGUGAAUGGAGGAGAUUGUAAUCUGACAUCUUCUUCUUCUUCGUCGGGUUGUACUAGUAUGAGUGCUGGAGGAGGAACCACUUAUAUACAACACACCGUUUCUAAAUUUGAUACGCUUGCUGGUGUAGCUAUCAGAUAUGGUGUUGAGGUGGCUGAUAUUAAAAGGAUAAAUGGCCUCGUUUCAGAUCUCCAAAUGUUUGCUCUCAAAACACUUCAUAUACCCUUACCUGGGCGGCAUCCCCCAUCGCCCAUCAUAUCAAAUGGUGGUCAAGGACCUAGCAGCUCUGAGCAGACCUCUUCAAGUCGUCGACACUCUGAUAUGUUCGAUUCAUUUCAGUCCCUUAAACUGAAAUCCUCUCCCCAGCCAAAAGUGUCGCCGGCCAUGAGCAGCUUACAAGGAUAUUAUGGUCUUAAACCGCCAGAUCAGAAAGCUGCUUCUGAAGGAUUUGAAAUGUCAGUGUAUUGUAAGGGAGGAUCGCAUUAUUUAGAAGAUGGCCCGUUUUACAACUCCUCUUCUCUUUCAAAUCGACCACUUAGUCUUCAAAGAAAAUCUAAGAGUGUAGCUAAUGGUUUUGUGACAGAGAAUGGUGCUCCUGCAAAUCAUCUAUCAACACAAGACACCAGAGACAAUGGUUCCGAUAGAUGGUUUGAGAAAUUAGUGAGAAGGCGUCAGAAGUCAGAGACUGAUUUUACACGUACUCCAGAAAUGCUGUUGAAGGAAGAUAACAGCAACAGUGGCUGGUUUUCAGCCGUCACUGGCAAGGGCUUAGCUUUGAGACCCAAGUCAGCUAAUCGAACUCUCUCUGGAGCGGAUGCUGAAGCAAAUUCAAUAUAUCCUAUUCCCAUUGGCUUAGGGGAUUCUUUACUAAACGACAGCUCAUCUGUAGUUAGGAAGUCAUCAAGUACAUCGAGUUUGCAGGAUUCAGAUAGCAGUGCAUUGUCUUCCCUGUGGAAUUUGAAGCCAGAUUUUCAAGCAAUUUCUACUGCAGCCAUUACCAAGCCAAUUUUUGACGGGCUACCUAAACCAAUCACAGGUCGAAGAAACAAGGCUGCACUGGAUUAGGUUAUUCUUUCUGCAUUAGCUGCUUAGAAGUUCAUUUCUUCAAUACAUUAGGCAGAGCAUCCUCUGGGAAGUGAUAAAAAUGGAGAAUUGAAGAUAGAAGCAGACACUUUGGUUAUCUCAUGAUAAAAUAAACUUGUUUUGGUUUAUGAAUUUCGGUCGGGGCAUGUUCAUAUCUUCCAUUGGUGAAGUUGAAGUGUCCUGAGAAUUAGUUUGAGAUUUAUAGCAGCACCAAACUUGGGUGAAGCAUCAAUUUUUGCUAUAGAAUGGUAAUGCAUUGUGACAGCAGAUGUAUAUUAGGCAUUCAAGUUGAUUGAUCUGAAAUUGGGAGAGAGGAUAUUGUCUAUACGUGUAUUAUAUGAUCUGUACAUGAUUACUUUUCUACACAUGAUUUGUGUUUUUAUUUCA